GACAGCCGCGUCGGCCCCGGACGGAGGACGCGGCCUUGAGCAGUCCUCAGAGCCCUCGUAGCCCUACAGCCCUGGGCGCUGGCCGGGGCGAUCCCGCUCCUCCGCCCGCUGGACAGGCCCGGGGCGGGAUGUAGGGCGCUGGGCGCGGAGGCCGCUGGCGCGGCAGGGGGAGCGCGGAGGGCGAGCCGAGGAUGGAGAGAGCGAUGGAGCAGCUCAACCGCCUGACGCGCUCGCUGCGCCGCGCGCGCACCGUGGAGUUGCCCGAGGAUAAUGAAACUGCUGUUUAUACGUUAAUGCCAAUGGUUAUGGCUGAUCAACACAGGUCUGUUUCUGAACUACUAUCAAAUUCAAAAUUUGAUGUCAAUUAUGCAUUUGGACGUGUAAAAAGAAGCUUGCUUCACAUUGCAGCAAACUGUGGAUCAGUGGAAUGCUUGGUUCUGCUGUUAAAGAAAGGAGCAAAUCCGAACUAUCAAGAUAUUUCAGGCUGUACCCCCCUUCAUUUGGCAGCUAGAAAUGGGCAGAAGAAAUGCAUGAGUAAAUUAUUAGAAUACAGUGCCGAUGUCAACAUUUGUAAUAAUGAAGGCCUUACAGCAAUACACUGGCUGGCUGUGAAUGGGCGGACAGAACUACUCCACGACCUUGUGCAGCAUGUCAGUGAUGUUGAUGUUGAGGAUGCAAUGGGGCAGACAGCACUGCAUGUGGCCUGCCAGAAUGGUCACAAGACGACAGUGCAAUGCUUGCUAGACAGUGGUGCUGAUAUUAACAGGCCAAAUGUAUCAGGAGCCACUCCAUUGUACUUUGCUUGCAGUCAUGGUCAAAGAGAUACAGCACAGAUUCUUCUUUUGCGAGGAGCCAAAUAUCUGCCGGAUAAAAAUGGGGUAACCCCUCUGGAUUUAUGUGUACAGGGUGGAUAUGGAGAAACUUGUGAAGUAUUAAUUCAGUAUCACUCUAGGCUUUUCCAGACUAUUAUUCAAAUGACACAGAAUGAAGAUGUCCGAGAAAACAUGUUACGGCAAGUUCUGGAGCAUUUGUCUCAGCAAAGUGAAAACCAGUACCUAAAAAUUCUAACAAGUCUUGCCGAAGUUGCUACAACAAAUGGUCAUAAGCUGCUCAGCCUUUCUAGCAAUUACGAUGCUCAAAUGAAGAGCCUUUUAAGGAUCGUGAGGAUAUUUUGUCACGUCUUUCGAAUUGGUCCAUCCUCCCCCAGUAAUGGAAUUGAUAUGGGCUACAAUGGGAAUAAAACUCCAAGAAGCCAGGUGUUCAAGCCUCUGGAAUUGCUUUGGCACUCAUUAGAUGAAUGGCUAGUUUUAAUAGCUACAGAACUGAUGAAAAACAAAAAGGACUCAACGGAUAUCACUUCUAUUUUACUGAAACAAAAAGGCCAAGAUCAAGAUGCAACAUCCAUUCCUCCAUUUGAACCUCCAGGACCUGGGAGCUGUGAAAAUCUGUCCAGUGGCACAGGGGAAUCUAAACCAGAUGCUCUUGGAAGGAAACAGGAAGCCAGUGCAGAUUGUCAGGAUGUUAUUUCUGUGACAGCUAACCGACUAAGUGCUGUCAUUCAAGCUUUUUACAUGUGCUGUUCUUGUCAGAUGCCUCCAGGAAUGACUUCUCCCCGUUUUAUUGAAUUUGUCUGCAAACAUGAUGAGGUUUUAAAAUGCUUUGUUAACAGAAAUCCCAAAAUUAUAUUUGACCACUUUCACUUUCUCCUUGAAUGUCCUGAGUUGAUGUCAAGAUUCAUGCAUAUCAUAAAAGCACAGCCAUUUAAAGAUCGCUGUGAAUGGUUCUAUGAACAUUUGCAUUCAGGACAGCCAGAUUCAGACAUGGUGCACAGGCCAGUGAAUGAAAAUGAUAUCUUGCUGGUUCAUAGAGAUUCUAUUUUUAGGAGUAGCUGUGAAGUUGUGUCAAAAGCAAAUUGUGCAAAGCUAAAGCAAGGGAUUGCUGUACGGUUCCAUGGAGAAGAAGGCAUGGGUCAAGGUGUUGUGCGUGAGUGGUUUGAUAUUCUGUCUAAUGAGAUAGUCAAUCCUGAUUAUGCAUUGUUUACGCAGUCAGCUGAUGGUAUUAUUCUCAAAAGGUACUUACCAGUGAAUGAUGAGCUUCAUGUGUCAUUCAACCGAACAACAUUUCAGCCUAAUAGCAACUCCUAUGUAAAUCCUGAUCACUUGAACUAUUUCCGGUUUGCUGGACAGAUUUUGGGAUUAGCUUUGAACCAUCGGCAGCUGGUCAAUAUUUAUUUCACACGAUCAUUCUAUAAGCAUAUUCUUGGUAUUCCUGUAAAUUACCAAGAUGUGGCAUCCAUUGAUCCAGAAUAUGCCAAAAAUUUGCAAUGGAUUUUAGAUAAUGAUAUUAGUGAUCUGGGUCUAGAACUAACUUUUUCUGUUGAGACUGAUGUGUUUGGAGCAAUGGAAGAGGUGCCUUUGAAACCUGGGGGUGGAAGUAUUCUUGUGACACAAAAUAACAAAGCGGAGUAUGUCCAGCUUGUUACUGAACUUCGAAUGACGAGAGCCAUUCAGCCUCAGAUCAAUGCUUUUUUACAGGGAUUUCAUAUGUUCAUUCCACCUUCCCUCAUACAACUUUUUGAUGAAUAUGAAUUGGAGCUACUGCUUUCUGGCAUGCCAGAAAUUGAUGUGAGUGAUUGGAUAAAAAAUACAGAAUACACAAGUGGCUAUGAAAGAAAAGAUCCAGUUAUUCAGUGGUUCUGGGAAGUUGUGGAAGACAUUACUCAAGAGGAGAGAGUUCUUCUCUUGCAGUUUGUUACUGGCAGUUCCAGGGUCCCCCAUGGUGGGUUUGCUAAUAUCAUGGGUGGAAGUGGAUUGCAAAACUUUACAAUAGCUGCUGUGCCAUAUACUACAAAUCUUUUACCGACUUCAAGCACAUGCAUCAACAUGCUCAAGUUACCUGAAUACCCAAGUAAAGAAAUACUCAAGGACAGACUUCUUGUGGCACUACAUUGUGGCAGCUAUGGUUAUACAAUGGCAUAAAAAUGUCUGGAAAACUCAUCUGACUGCUGAUGCACAAUUCAGAGUGGCAGAAUUAAUUUAGGAAACUGUCAAAAGAAAAGCAGCCUAAGUGCAACUCUGUGGGCAGGGCUGAUUUUUAAAAUUCAUAAAAGAUCAGGUUUUUCUCUUUUUCUCUUUUCCCUUUUAUGUUUUCUUUGUGAUUCAGUUAGAAAGCAUAAAAUCACAGUAGACUUUAUUUUUUAAAAUGCUAAUCGAAAGUGGUAGAAAUUAUCCUUUUUCAUAUUUCUUUAAUCUUAUCUAAGAUUGUGUUAAGGCAAAGUCUUAUUCUACAUUUCACCUCUGCUUUGGAUCUUUCUUGUUAAAAAGGUGUUUUCUCUUCAUUUUCCUAUAUAUUAAAUUAUAUGAGCAGUUGGUUAGAGCAUGGUCCUGAUAACACCAAGGUCAAGGGUUCAGAUCCCCUUACUGGCCAGCUGCUAAAAAAAAAAAAAAUUAUAUGAGGACAUCCAUCUGGUAUGUUCUGUUGCAUGUGAAGUGCCAUUUAUAUUUUGGAAAACUUGUAUAGAAUGGAGUAAUUUAGACUGUGUAUAAAGUCACAAAUAUGUAUUUUCCCACAUUGUAUCUAUAUUGCAUUUAUUUUUUUUUUAGCUUUUUAAGUAUUUUAGUAUAUAAUGUAAAAGUUAGACUAACAAACAGCUGAUGAAAUGACAUCUGAUUUAUAUAUUAAAGUU